AUGGAGUAAUAACACGAAGUCAAGAUUUUAACUGAAAUAAAGAAUGUUAGUUGGUUCCGUUUGGUGGACAACAAUAAAUAAUUACUUUCAAAAGGAGUAUUUAAGAUCUGCUCUCUUUCAGAAUAGAAUAUAUACUAUAUUAACUAAGAUGAUUUCUAUUUCACAAUCUAAAAACAAAUCCCUUUCAUUAGUGUUUAGUUCUAGACUCAUAAGACUUACAUAUUCCCUCACAUUGAGAAUGGAUUUAAUGCCAUUUGUGUUGAAUUAGAUGAAGAAGUUAUAACUCAAUUAGAUAUAAUUCUUUCUAAUGUAGCCACCUUUCUUACAAAGGAUCUAUUAGAUCAUCAAGAUGAAACAUUGAGAAAUUCUAUCAACACUCACUGUGUUUCUAUCUUUGAAACACCCUUGAUUGAUGAUAAUUAAACCCUUCACUAUAUCAAGAAGGGUGGUGAUAUUCUUAAGAACGGUUUUGUUUGGCUAGGAAAAGCUGCUGCCACCGGAGUCAAUAAAGCUGGAGAAUACAUUGGUUCUAAAAUAUCAAGCACUAAAAAGGUUGAAGUUUCAUAAGAAACAAAGGAAAAAUUCUAAAAAAUUAAAGAUACCACUACUAAAACAGUUAGCAUUAGUGCUGGAUUUUUAUCUGCUGUCUUGGAGCCAAUGGUUGAUGCCACCUCUAAAUAUGUUAAAUAAAUCAAUGAGAAAAUAGACAAUGGCGACAAUGAAACUCUCAAAAAGAUUAAGAAGAUAGGUGGAGCCACCUUAGACGCUACAACUGAAGCAUUAUAAGGGCUAGGAAAAGGUGUUUGCGAAGUAGGUAAAUCUCUUGGUGAUAACACUCGUAAUAUAGUAGAAAAAAAAUAUGGAGAUGAUGUAACUAAUACAUUCUUAGGAUAAAAUGACGAAUAAAAAUAAAAAGAAUCACAAUAAGGCUAUACCUAAUUGAACUAAACUGAACACACAAAUUUAGAAUGA